CUCUCCUGAAACAACAACAACAACUAUUACAACAACAACAAAAAAUUCGUCAAAACGUGGUGCAACUAACACUGACUAAGUUUAAAAGCAUUCUGUGAUUCCUCGUAGCUCUUUAAAUAUUUGAAAAGGUGUUGCUGUAAAAGGACACAAAAAUGCCAAAGGCACCUAAAGCAGUUGUUGGAAAAUCCAAGAAGGUGGUACAUCCCAACAGUCGACAUGCACUGUACAUUCAAAAGCAAAAUAAUCGCGAACAUAGGCUAAUGAAAAACAAAGCAGAAUCGGCAAUUAAGCAGGAACAUCUUCAGCAAAAGCUUCUGUGGUACCAGACAAACUUGGAUUCUCAGAAGUCUAUGUAUACUAAGAAUGAAGUAGCAGAGUUGACUUGCACAUACCUAGAAAGAUUUAAUGAUGAGCUGGAACAGAUAGGCAUUGUAAAUUCUGUUGGAAAUAGGCAAACAAAACAGCACCAGGCUCGUGAAGCUGCCAUCAAAAUAUCGAAGGAAAGAGAAAACCAUGAGUUUGAUACCAUAGGUAUUGAGGUGCCUGACCUGUUAAAUGGAAAGAAUUUGGAAUAUUUUCGAAAUUGGACAGGGGAAAUUAGAUUCUUUCCAAACAUAAAGCUUAGGAAAUCUAAAAGGUCAGACUUGAAAGAAAAAACAGAGAAAAUUGAUGAGAGUGAAAUUAAUGAAGAACUACCAGACUAUGAUGACUGUGUGGGAAAUGAUAAAGAUACUGUUAAUGCUUCUGAUGAUCUACCAGACUAUGUUGAUACUGACACUAGUUGAUUGGACAUUGUUUUGAAUCAUUAUUUUAGUACAUAUACUUUCUUAAUAAAUGGUUAAAGCAUGAUUGCAUACAA